AUGGGGAACGACUCCUGUGAAAGUCGAACUGAGCCAGUGAGUGGAACAUCGAAAGCGCAGGACAAAAGUUUGGAGUCUGUUCCCAGAAUUAAAAAGAGCACAGGAAUUCCAAGAAGUUUCACGAUGGAGGUGAACGAUCCCAAAACAAAGGGUGCUAUGCUGACAAACACUGGAAAAUACGCCAUACCAACUAUUAAUGCGGAAGCUUCUGCUAGAGGAAAGAAGGAAAAGCCGCCCUUUUUACCCUCAUCCUCUGAUGAUCCGAUUACAGAUGAGUUGCUGUGUCCCAUUUGUAGAGAUACGAUAACCAAUGCAGUUGUUAUUGCCUGCUGCAGAAACAGUUUUUGUGGCGAAUGUAUUAGAACAGCAUUACUGGAAUCGGAGGAACAUACGUGCCCAGCAUGUCAUCAGGCAGAUGUUUCUCCUGAUGCUUUAGUUGCCAACAAGUGCCUACGCCAGGCUGUGAACAACUUCAAAAGUGGAACUGGCUACAGAAAGCGGAUUCAGCAGCAACAGCAGCGGCAGCCGCCACCGCCACCACCUUCACCACCACUCGUGAGACAAGCAAUAACCCGCAACCUGCAGCCUCUGCUCCGGCCAAAAAUGUCCAGACAGCAGGCGCCACUAAUGAUUUCGUUAGCUUCUCUGGCUUCUCCUUCUGCUUUGGCAUCGUUGGCCCCUGGUCUGUCACCUGUGGCAGCCUGCCUGCCAGUAAGUCCCUCUUCUGUCAUUGUCCCUGAUCUCCCUCCAGCAGUGCCCCUACCUCUCCGUGCUGAAAAGCCAGAUAGACCUUCUCGCGGUGCUGAUACCGUUAUACCUCCUGGUGCUCUGGUGACUGCUGCUGAGCUUUCUAGAUCUUCCUCUCUGUCAGUCAGCAGUUUGUUGGAAGAGAAGGGCUGUCAGAUUCCUGUACUAAGACAACCAGCAUUACCAAGUCUUCUGGGCCCCCAAGGGCAAUCAAUGCCCACGACUGGUCAUCCAACGAGAGCCAGUACACCUCGCUCGGCGGGUGGCAGACCAGGCUGGGACCUAAGUUCCAGUCGAGGACGCCUGCGUGGUGAACGUACCCAGAGGACCCAAGCCCCAACGCUACCAGCAUCAACAGCAGUCUUCGUGCCAGCGCCUCCGCCUUCUUUGUACCCUCCACCACCCCAAGCACUUCCUCUUCUACCGGGGGCACUACGACCACAGUUUCCUCCCCAGUUUCCACCUGGUCAGCCUCCAUCUGCCAGCUACACUGACUCCCCUCCAGGAUAUCCCCCAGCUCCUGCAAACAUGUCAUCAGCCUGGGUACCAACAGCAGUACCAACGGCGCAUUCCGAUCCCAUCCCAGUGACACAAGCUCCUCCUUUAUCUAGGGAGGAGUUUUACAGAGAACACCAGCGACUGGAAGAGGAGUCCAAGUCUCCCUGUGGUGCUUCAUCCUACUCCAGAAGUUCACAUACCUACUCCAAGUCAAGAUGGGGUUUUUCCCACUCCUGCUCCUGCUCUCGAUCAUUUAGACGUUCCCAUUCUCAUUCCUACUCGCGAUCGCCACCCUGUCCAAGAAGAGGCAAAGGGAAGAGUCGUAACUAUCGUUCUAGAUCAAGGUCCCGUAGUUAUCACUGUUCACAGUCAAGGUCACCCCCAUACCCAAGAUACUAUUCUGAUGCAAAACCUGAAAAAAGGAAAAGAAAAGUAGAUGAAAAGGUUGAUAAAGAUCAUGAAGCCACCUACAUAAAGGCCUCUAAACCAGAAACUGCUCAAUCGAAAACAUGGCCAAAGGGGAAGACUGAGCCUGAUGGUGAAAAAGGAGAGCGACCUCCAGAAGGGGAUAAAUCUGCUUUUCUUAACAACCCCGCAAAAAAGAUUGAACUUAACCAAGAAACUGGCAAAAUGAUGGUGAGUGGAGAAAAUGUGCCACCUGCGAAAGAACCUGCUGAGAAACCUGAGCCGAGCAGCAGCAAAGUUAAACAAAAGAAAGCAAAGGGAGAAGUGAGAAGAAAAGUAACAGCAGCUGAUGGAUGUAGUUCAGCUCUUGUAAAUUACACCAGCAGUAGUCCUACUGGAGGAAGUGCCGUUAGAAAGACCGAAGAAGAGCCAGAUACAAAAGGAGGCGUCGUUGAGGCAAUGGAGGAGCACAGUAAUGAUAUCCCAGCCCCAGCUGAAGACGUCGUGAAGCUGAAGCCUGAAGCAAGGGGAAGUCACAGUCUAAGCAGUCCCCGUGUUAGCCGCAGCCGCGGUCAAAGCCCUUCUGAGAGUCAGACUCGAAGGCACAGGGGCAGUGCCAGCUCAGCAGCGAAUCACGGCAGCAAGAAAAAGAAAAAGAAAAAAGAGAAGCAGCAGCACAAGAAGCACAAGAAACACAUUGGAAACAACAUGGAAUUGGGAAAGAGGCAAAAACACAAGCACAAGAAGAAAACAAUGAAGAAGAGCAAAGAGAAAGAAAGAGGACCAAAAAGUGAAAUCCGUCACUACACAGAAUGACAGAUAAUUUGAAAAAGACUGAAUUCCCAAGGGAUCUGUACUAAUUUUUCCUAAAAUGUAAACAAAUUUGGGCGUUGCAAAUAAUGACACGAAAGAGCCUGUGCUGCAGUUCCAAUUUUGCUGCUUGAUUAUUUCAUUUUUACAUCAGAGCUUUGUAAGAGUGAGUAUUUUGUACAGAGUUGUUAGUUGUGACCAUGUAACACAAAAGGUUUACUGGGGCAUCUUAUUUUUAGCCACCGUUAAAUAGUUUAGGUGGAGUUUUCUGUACUGUAAAAAUUUUCCUAGUUGAAGGUCUUUUUAGUUGCCUGGCAGAAGCAGCUGGUAUCAGUUAUAAAAUACCAGCGGAAUGAUUUGCAGAGACAUUACAGCCCUCUUAUGUCACUUUUUGAUGAAAAUAAAACGUUUUUGGUAAACUGUCCAAUGUGAGAUUUCCAGAGAUAGCUGAACAUUAGCAAAGGUCAGUGACUUUUAGCAAAGGUCAGCCUUCUUUGCUUCAGUCUUUACUGCUCAGGCCAGCCCUCAGGAGCCCCAGACUUUGGAAGUGACAGCGAAAGUCUAGACGAAGGAGGACUUCCCCUUGGUUGAGGAGAAUUAAGUCAGAGAUCAGGGAAGUAAGCUGGAUAUCCACAAGUCCAUGGGUCCUGAUGGGAUGCACCCGAGAGUGCUGAGGGAGCUGGCGGAAGUUGUUGAUGGGCCGCUCUCCAUCAUCUUUGAAAGGUCCCGGAGAACAGGCGAGGUGCCUGAGGACUGGAGGAAAGCCAAUGUCCCUCCAGUCUUCAAAAAGGGCAAGAAGGAGGAGCCGGGGAACUACAGGCCAGUCAG